CUGAUACACGAAGCUGCCUGUAGCAGGGGUCAGCUAAGGACAAAUAGAAGCAUAGGUUUCCAUAAGGGAACUCAGUGUGUGCAGUUAUCAUCAUCGUCUGAGGAGCCAGAGCCAGAGGCAGACUCCCACAUUGUGGCAAUGGGUAUUGGACAUCAUAAGAGAGCUGUUUACAACAAGCUUGACCAGGAUAUGGUACACGAUUUCGAUAGUGUUUAUUAUGAGGUCAUCAAGCAAGCAAAACUUACUCGUGAGGAAGUUGGAAUAAUUGCCAGUAGGACAACAGAACAAUCUGAUGAUGAAACAUGGAGAAAUAUGAGAUCUAAUAUGAUUACGGCAUCAAACUUUGAACGUGUCAGUUCAAGACAAUUUACACUAAACAAUGACCAAACCCAAACUGCAGACCGUCUAGUUGAGAAUCUGAUCAACCCCUCUACAUUUGACCAGGAGUCCAAAGCGGCAUUGCGAUAUAGGAAACGUGGUGAAGAAAAGGCAAGAAAAUAUACAAAACAUAUCAGAGGGGGAAAAAACAUUGUAACGUGA